AACAACCAAAGAGGUAAAGUUCAACCAAAUCACCACCAACGCCCCCCUAUUCGUUCCCUCUUCCCUCCCUCCCUUCCUCCUCCCUUCCUCUCCCAAACUCUAUUUCUAUACCCACAAAAUAUCUUUUGCGUCAAGCAGUUGCAGAGGGUCGGAAGAUUUCUCAGAAGAUUUUUGUGAUUAAUUGAAGGAAUAGAGACGGGAGUUUUUUUGUGAAUGGCGAAUUUGUAUGUGCAAGCGACGCCGACGACGGAUCUGAAUAAGAACACGGAGUGGUUCACGUACCCCGCUGCGUGGACCACAUACAUCCUAAUAUUGUUCUUCUCGUGGCUGGUCGUACUCUCUGUGUUCGGAUGCUCUGCUGGCAUGGCUUGGACCGUUGUUCAUCUUUCUCAUUUUGUCGUGACAUAUCAAUUCUUUCACUGGAAGAAGGGAACGCCAUUUUCAGAUGAUCAGGGUGUUUACAAUAGAUUGACUUGGUGGGAGCAAAUUGACAAUGGCAAGCAGCUCACUCGCAAUAGGAAGUUUUUGACUGUUGUACCAGUAGUGCUGUACUUGAUAGCCUCACACACCACAAAUUACCAACAUCCUAUGCUCUUCUUCAACACAAUAGCAGUUUUUAUUCUUGUGGUUGCCAAGUUCCCCAACAUGCACAAAGUCCGUAUAUUCGGAAUCAAUGCCGACCAAUGAGCUUAGAUUCAUUGAUACAUACCACCUGCAGGUUCACCUUUAGCGCUCCAAUGUUUUUCUGUACAGCAUCUCAGUAUGUUGUGGUACCUACAGCUGUGGAACUGGAAAGAAUAUAUAAUACCAUUUUGUCAAAUAUGGGUGCUGCUUACUCUCUGCACGAACUCUUUGUAUAAGUUGAUUUCUGAAAUUCGCAUAAGCUAUAAGAUUCCUUUUACCAUUGCGGAAACUUGAGUUGCCUGUUUUCUUGUGGACUACUACUGCUAGUUGAACCCUGUUGAGUUGAUUGAUGUCCCCAUUAUGGUUUAGAGAAUGUAAAGAUGCGCUUACAAACAAUUUUUCUUU